GUAGGGUCCACACAACAACGGUUACUUACCUCUCUUAUUCAUAAACCCUAGCCAUAUCCAAAUCGAAAAAACACCCUUUUUCAAAUUUCGAACUUGGCGCUCUCUCCUCUUUCUCAAUCCUCCGAUCAGAAAAAUGGGCGGCGCUCACAGUCGCGACGGAUUGCUUGAAAGUUCCGAUUCCGAACAAGAAGAAGAAGAAAACGAACAAAUCUACGAAGACGCGAGUGAAGGAGGUUCAGAAAAAAGAGUCAAAACUCCGUCAUCGCUUGAUGACGUUGAAGCCAAACUUAAAGCCCUUAAGCUCAAAUACUCUUCCAACAAUCAUAACGCUAACGUUAAAAACGCCGUUAAGCUUUACCUUCAUAUCGGUGGCAAUUCCCCUGCCGCUAAAUGGGUAAUUUCUGAGAAAUUCAUUACUUACUCUUUCGUUAAAACUCGCCGUUUAGACGGAGAUGAUGACGACGAUGAAGAGGACGACGAAGAGGAUGAUGAAGUUGAAGAAGGAUUUUGGAUCUUGAAAAUUGGUUCGAAAAUUCGAUCCAAAGUUGGUCCAGAUAUGCAAUUGAAAACCCUAGCCGAUCAGCGUCGUGGUGAUUUCGUCGCUAAAGGUGUUUGGGCUUUGAAAUUUUUUACUGAACAGGAUUACAAUGCUUUUUUGGUGCAAUUUCAGAGUUGUACGUUUGAGAAUACGCAUGGAUUUGAAGCUACUGAUGAGAACAAGCUUAAGAUUUAUGGUAAGGAUUUUAUUGUUUGGGCGAAACCAGAAGCUGCUGAUGAUUCUAUGUGGGAAGAUGCGGAUGAUAGCUUCUCGAAGAGUCCUGGUUCGGCUACUCCCGUUCGAGCGAAUCAGGAUUUGAAGGAAGAGUUUGAAGAAGCUGCAAAUGGUGGAAUUCAGAGUCUGGCGCUUGGUGCUUUGGAUAAUAGUUUCUUGGUUAGUAACAAUGGUAUUCAGGUAGUGAAGAAUUUUGCGCAUGGGAUUCAAGGAAAAGGUGCUUUUGUUAACUUCGGUGGUGGUGGUUCGUCGUCGUCAUCCAAUUUGGUGCAUUCAACCCCGAAGAAAACGCUUCUCAUGAAAGCUGAAACAAACAUGCUUCUGAUGAGUCCAUUGGCUGAAGGUAAACUUCAUUCGACAGGGCUUCACCAGCUUGAUAUUGAGACUGGUAAAGUUGUGACAGAAUGGAGAUUUGGUAAGGAUGGCACCGAGAUUACAAUGAGAGAUAUUACUAAUGAUAGUAAAGGUUCUCAAUUGGAUCCUGUGGGUUCAACUUUUCUUGGAUUGGAUGAUAACAGGCUUUGUAGAUGGGAUAUGCGUGACCGUCAUGGAAUAGUUCAGAAUCUUGCUGAUUCUAACAGUAAUAUGAAUACACCUGUGUUGAAUUGGGCACAGGGUCAUCAAUUCUCCAGAGGAACAAACUUUCAAUGCUUUGCUACAACUGGUGAUGGUUCUGUUGUUGUUGGUUCUUUGGAUGGGAAGAUUCGGCUGUAUUCGAUUAACUCUAUGAGGAUGGCGAAAACGGCUUUUCCUGGACUUGGUUCGCCGGUUACUCACGUGGAUGUUACUUUUGAUGGCAAGUGGAUCGUGGGCACAACUGAUACUUACUUGGUUGUUAUUUGUACCGUCUUUACUGAUAAAGAUGGAAAAACUAAAAAUGGUUUUGCUGGACGAAUGGGGAAUAGGAUUGCUGCUCCACGGUUGCUGAAGCUGACACCUCUUGAUUCACAUCUAGCUGGUGUCAAUAACAAAUUCCAUAAUGCACAGUUUUCGUGGGUUACAGAGAAUGGGAGGCAGGAGCGACAUAUAGUAGCUACGGUGGGGAAGUUCAGUGUGAUAUGGAACUUUCAACAAGUCAAGGAUGGUUCUCAUGAGUGCUACCGCAGCCAACAGGGUCUAAAGAGCUGCUACUGCUACAAGAUAGUCCUCAGGGAUGAUUCCAUCGUUGAGAGCCGAUUUAUGCAUGACAAGUUUGCAGUCACUGAUUCUCCCGAGGCUCCAUUGGUAAUAGCUACCCCAAUGAAAGUUAGCUCAUUCAGCAUGUCCAACAGGCGAUGAUAAUUGGGUCACAGCCAUUGACCUAAUUGUUAGCUCUUUUAGCUUAAUUAAUGACAUUUCAGAUGUUUUAUUUUUAAACUUUUCAUUGUAUGUAGAAAGUUUAAGGUGUAGUUGAUGGGGAAUUCAAAUCAGCUAUGGAUAUUAAAUUGUACUAGCAUAUUCUGUUUUGCUUUAAGCUAAUGCUUGUUAGUCCCAGGAUUCUACUUUUUCUUUUAA